CUUUUUCUCUGCAGAGUUUCUUCAUCACUUUCUUGGGAAAAAAAUUUGUUCUUUCUCAUUGAUUCUAGAGAGAUAGAGAGAAGGAUUCGUGAGAACAACAAUGGCGCUCGUGAAAUCGGAAACGCAGGCGCUAGAAAACCACCAACAUUCUUCAACGUUCGCUUCGCUUUACGUCGGUGAUCUUAACCCAGACGUGACGGAGCAAGAUCUCAUACACAGAUUCUCUUUGACUGUUCCGGUACUCUCCGUUCAUCUUUGUCGUAACUCUGUCACCGGAAAAUCCUUGUGUUACGCUUACAUCAACUUCGACUCACCUUUCAGCGCAUCGAACGCUAUGGCUCGCUUAAACCAUACUGAUUUGAAGGGAAAGGCUAUGAGAAUAAUGUGGUCUCAGAGGGAUCUUUCGUACCGUCGUCGUACUGGGUUUGGAAAUCUAUACGUUAAGAAUCUGGACAGCUCGAUUACUAGCAGUGGCUUAGAGCGAAUGUUUAGCCCCUUUGGUGUUAUACUUUCUUGCAAAGUCGUUGAAGAGAAUGGAAAAAGUAAAGGUUUUGGCUUUGUUCAGUUUAAUACAGAGCAAUUUGCUGUCGCUGCUCGUUCUGCUCUCCAUGGCUCUAUGGUUGAUGGCAAGAAACUGUUUGUAGCCAAGUUCAUCAACAAGAAUGAAAGAGUUGCUAUGGCAGGGAAUAAAGAAUUUACAAACGUUUAUGUGAAGAAUCUGAUGGAAAAUGUUACAGAGGAUAUUCUGCAUAGACUGUUCUCUCAAUAUGGAACAGUCUCUAGUGUUGUGGUUAUGAGGGAUGGUAUGGGAAGAUCUAGAGGUUUCGGAUUUGUCAACUUCUGCCAUUCAGAAAAUGCUAAGAAGGCUGUGGACUCUCUCCAUGGACGACAACAUGGAACGAAGACUUUGUUUGUUGGAAAGGCACUGAAGAGAGAUGAAAGGAGGGAGAUGCUGAAACAAAAAUACAGGGACAACUUUAUUGCCAAGACUAACAUGGGGUGGUCCAAUCUGUACGUGAAGAACCUGAGUGAAUCAAUGAAUGAUAUAAGACUGCGAGAAAUAUUUGGAAGGUAUGGGCAAAUAGUCUCAGCUAAAGUGAUGUGUCAUGAGAAUGGCAGAAGUAAAGGCUUCGGCUUUGUGUGCUUCUCGAACCUUGAAGAAUCCAAACAGGCUAAAAGAUAUCUCAAUGGGUUUUCAGUUGAUGGAAAGCCAUUAGUUGUUCGAGUUGCUGAGCGCAAAGAGGAUAGACUCAAGAGGCUGCAGCAAUACUUCCAUGGACAAACACGCCAUUACACGCAAGCUCCACUUGUCCCUUCACCUGCCCAGCCAGUCCUCUCAUAUAUGCCCAGCUCAUAUGCUUACUUGCAGCCAUUCAAUGUCGGUACACCUUAUUACUAUAUGAGCACUCAGUUACCACAAAUGUCUGGCCACCAAAACAUCUCUACCUAUGCUUCAGCUGGGAAAGCUCCUCUCAAGGAGAAAAGAUCAUUGCACCUGGUCUACAAACACCCGGCUUAUCCCGUUGCCAAAAGUGGUGCUAAACAGAAACUGGUCUUUAAGGAUGAUGGUAACCGAACUUUAGAGGCUGCAACAUGCUCAAAAGCAACAACAUCUGAGGAGGGUCUUAAUGAAGAAGCAAGAUCCACUUUGAUAGGAAAGGCAGAGAAAGGAGGAAAACAAAUUGCAAUGAUUGAAGCUGCUUAGAGAUUGGCCCUGCUGCUGUGGCUUGAGCAUUCUCACUGCUUGGAAUUCUACUCUGUUCAUUUUAACCCUUCAAUAGUUUUCGCUCAUAGAAAUAGUAUAUGUAGAUCUUUAAAUCACACAGGGAAGUUGUUGUGUAUAGUUACUGGUACUAAAUGAUCUCAACUCUU